AUGACAAUCACCUGGACAAGUGGAUACGAUAUAAAAGAAGCAGUUCCUUUUGUUGAAUGGGGUGCUAAAGGCGGGCCUCAGUUUCUUUCCCCAGCCGGAACAUUAACAUUCAACAGAAAUAGCAUGUGCGGAGCACCUGCUCGAACUGUUGGUUGGCGCCAUCCGGGUUACAUUCAUACUAGUUUCUUGAAGGAUCUGUGGCCAGACUCCAAGUAUACCUACAGGCUUGGCCAUAGGUUACCAAAUGGUACCCACAUCUGGAGCAAGUUAUAUAGCUUUAAAGCAUCACCUUAUCCUGGGCAAGAUUCCUUGCAACAAAUUGUCAUAUUUGGAGAUAUGGGAAAGGCAGAGGCAGAUGGUUCCAAUGAGUUCAAUGACUUCCAACCUGGCUCACUGAACACUACUAACCAGAUCAUUAGAGACCUAAAAAACAUUGACAUGGUGCUUCACAUUGGGGACAUUUGCUACGCCAAUGGCUACUUGUCUCAGUGGGAUCAGUUCACCUCACAGAUUGAACCAAUUGCAUCGACUGUACCAUACAUGAUUGGCAGUGGUAACCAUGAAAGAGACUGGCCCGGGACUGGAUCUUUCUAUGGAAAUCUUGACUCAGGUGGAGAAUGUGGUGUUCCUGCGCAAACUGUAUUCUAUACUCCUGCUGAGAACCGUGCAAAAUUCUGGUAUGCGACAGAUUAUGGCAUGUUCAGGUUCUGCAUUGCUAACACAGAAGAAGAUUGGAGGCCAGGGACCGAGCAGUACAAGUUCAUUGAGCAAUGCCUGUCGUCGGUCGACAGGCAGAAGCAGCCCUGGCUCAUCUUUCUGGCACACCGUGUUCUUGGGUACUCAUCCUGCACUUACUAUGAGACAGAGGGCACAUUCGAGGAACCAAUGGGACGAGAAGCUCUGCAGGAGCUCUGGCAGAAGUACAAGGUCGAUCUCGCCUUCUACGGUCAUGUCCAUAACUAUGAAAGGACAUGUCCAGUCUAUCAGAGCCAAUGCGCCGUUGAUGCAUCGGAUCAUUACAGUGGCCCGUUCAAGGCAACAACACAUGUGGUUGUUGGUGGUGCUGGCGCUAGCAUUUCAGAUUCAGCAUUCACCACAUCAAAUAUCCAGUGGAGUCACUUCAGGGAUUUCGACUUCGGGUUCGUCAAGCUCACGGCCUUCAACCAGUCAUCCUUGCUGUUUGAGUACAAGAAAAGCCGUGAUGGCAAUGUGUAUGAUCAUUUCACAAUUUCGCGGGAUUACCGAGAUGUCCUGGCUUGCUCCAUCGACAACUGCCCAAGGACUACGCUGGCUUCCUGAAGCCCCAACACUUUCAAACAGGGAAUCAGUUUGAUCUGCUAAUGGUUGCUGGUUUGUGUGUGGCCCAAUACUAGUGUCUAAGAUAUUUACAUAGCUUUGAAACUUGUAUUGGCUACCUGAAGCCCCAGUACAUUCAGAUGGGGGAAUCAGUCGAUGUGCUACUGGUAACUGGUGUGUAUGUGGCCCAAUACAAGUCUGUAAGAUAUUUAAAUAUUCCAAUUCUGUAUACGAAAUAAAAUAAAAUAAACGGUUCUUAAGUUUCA